AUGCCAUUUAACUUGGUGCUAUAUAAACUGAGACGUGAUCUAUACACCCCUCGUCUAAUUAUCACCAUUUUACCAACAGAUUUGAGUGCUGUGAGCAAGAAGAAAGAGAUGAUGGGGGAUAUGACUCAUUUAGGGUCUCUAAUGGCUGCCGUAAUGUUCGUUUGGGCAAUAUUCGGGCAACUGUUUCCAGAAAAGUUCCAAAGCGAUGUCAUGAAAUACGUUAACAAAGUGGUUAGCUAUGUGUACCCUUAUGUCGAAAUCACUUUUCAUGAAUACCAAGCAGACAGCUGGUUCGAGCGAAGCAAAGCCUUUGUUUCCAUUGAACGUUACCUCAGCACCAACUCCUCCAACAGAGCCAAACGGCUAAAGGCAAACGUGGUCAAAGACUGUGAAUCCGUCGUCCUGAGUAUGGACGACUACGAAGAGGUCACAGACGAGUUCAGAGGCAUCAAGAUCUGGUGGACGUCGAGUAAAAGCAUCCCAAAACAGCAGGCAUUCUUUUCCUAUCGAGGUGAUGAGGAGAAGCGGUAUUUUAGGCUCACAUGUAAAAGAGAACACCGAGAUAUCAUCACUAAAGUUUACUUGCAGCAUGUACUUGAUGAAGGAAAGGCUAUUGCAGUGAGAACAAGGCAACGAAAGCUCUAUAGUAACAACAAGAGUGAGAACUGGUCUGGUUACAGGAGGAAUAUGUGGAGCCACAUCAUAUUCGAGCACCCUUCCACAUUCGACACUCUUGCAAUGGACCCGAAAAAGAAGAAGGAGAUUUUAGAUGAUCUUAUGAUGUUCAGCAAGUCGAAAGACUACUACAAGAAGGUGGGCAAGUCAUGGAAGCGAGGAUAUCUUCUUUAUGGCCCACCAGGAACUGGAAAGUCUAGCAUGAUUGCUGCCAUGGCUAACCUUCUGGAAUACGACAUCUAUGAUCUUGAAUUAACCUCCGUGAAAGAUAACACGGACUUGAGGAAGCUACUCAUCGACACAUCAAGUAAGUCUAUAAUUGUGAUUGAGGACAUCGACUGUUCACUUGAUUUAACUGGUCGGCGAAAGGAGAAAAAAGAAGAGAGUAAAGAGGAGGAGAAGGAUCCAGUUCGCAAGGCCGAGGAGGAGAAGGAUAAGAAGAAUAAGGGAAGUGAAGUGACUUUAUCUGGGCUUUUGAACUUCAUUGAUGGCCUAUGGUCGGCUUGUGGGAGUGAGAGACUGAUCGUGUUCACAACAAACUUUGUUGAAAAGCUUGACCCUGCUCUGAUUAGGAGAGGAAGGAUGGAUAAGCAUAUCGAGCUUUCCUAUUGUUGUUUUGAAACAUUCAAGGUGCUUGCAAAGAACUAUUUGGAUCUUGAAUCUCACGAGCUGUUUUCAACCAUCAGUCGACUGUUGGAGGAGACUAAGAUGACUCCAGCUGAUGUUGCCGAAAAUUUGAUGCCAAAGUCUUUUGAAGAGAAUGCUGAGAGUUGCUUGAACAAGUUGAUCCAAUCUCUGGAGAAUGCAAAAGAAGAAGCAAGGCUGAAAGCUGUGGAGGAUGCCAGGAUCCAAGCUGAGGAAGAGGCGGCUAAAAAGAUUGAACAAAAUGAUGAGAAGGUACAAGAGAGUGAUGCAAAGUUAGGUGAUGGAGAAGGAAAGAAGGCUGACCAGGAUACUGACAUUGUACAAGUUGCCGAUGCAAAAGAGAACGGUGUCUUGACUGAAUAG